GGGCUGUAGAAACUUGUUUGCCUCACAACUGCCUAAGGUACGCAAGAGAUUUCCCUGUGUAUGAUGGGGAAGGGAAGCAAAGUUGUUAUUUGUGGACUGGCCAGAGUUGGAAAAACCGCUAUACUCGAGCAGGUGAUCUAUGGAAAUCAUAUAGUUGGUCAGGAAAAUAGUGACACCCUGGAAGAUGUUUAUGUAGCUUCUGUGGAAACUGAUCGAGGUGUGAGAGAGCAGCUGCGCAUUUAUGACACGCAAGGACUUCAUGAUGGAAUGGAGUUCCCAAAACAUUACUUUUCCUUUGCUGAUGGCUUCAUCCUUGUCUACAGUGUGGACAACUUGGAAUCUUUCCGAAGGGUUGAGCAGCUUAAAAGGGAUGUUGACAAAUUCAGGGAUAAAAAAGAGGUGGUGACCAUCGUUCUGGGAAAUAAAUCAGACCAGGAGGACUCCAGACAAGUGGACACAGAGAUGGCUUCGCAGUGGGCAAGAGCUGAAAAAGUAAAAUUAUGGGAGGUGUCUGUGUCAAACAGGAAGUCCUUACUUGAGCCAUUCACACUGCUGGCCAGCAAACUCAAUCACAUCCAAUCUAAAUCAACCUUCCCUUUGCCAGGGAGAAAAACAUUGUUCUCGUGUUGGUUAUGGGGUUGUAAGUCCUGCUGGUUUCGGCGUGAUGUCUUCCUCUGAGUGGCACUUGGUAUCUCACACAUGGAUCGUCAUUCUGUAUUGGUCGCCUGUAAAAAGCUCCU